AAUAUAAAAUCCUCCGCAACAAGCCAACUCUUCAAUAAUUCUCUCCUUGAUUUCCGACGCCCCUUUUUCCUUCUUCUUCCCGUCUCUCCCUUUGUUCCUUCUACUUCCGUCCAAUCUCUCUCUCCCCCCAAAGCCCUCUCUCUCGCCAUCCACUACGCUUUCGUGUUUGUUCCUCGCGAUCGUAAUUCCCGUAUCAUCAUGGCCAAAAGCUCUUUCAAGCUCGAGCAUCCUCUGGAGAGGCGCCAAGCUGAAGCUUCUCGCAUAAGGGAGAAAUACCCUGAUAGAAUUCCUGUGGGUGUUAUCUUCUCACUGUGCCUCUUCUGUUUCCUUGCCUUAUCAUUGUGCAAUUGUCUGUUUGCUUAUAAGCGCCUUUCUGGAUCCAGGUCAUUGUCGAAAAGGCUGAAAGGAGUGAUGUCCCCGACAUUGAUAAGAAGAAGUACCUUGUCCCAGCAGAUUUAACAGUUGGACAGUUUGUGUAUGUUGUCCGAAAGAGGAUUAAGCUCAGUGCUGAAAAGGCCAUAUUCGUCUUUGUCAAGAACACAUUGCCACCCACAGCUGCAAUGAUGUCUGCAAUCUAUGAGGAGAACAAGGACGAAGACGGCUUUCUUUACAUGACCUACAGCGGAGAGAACACCUUUGGACUUCUUCACUAAGAUGGAGACUCAAGGCAAUGUCUCUUCUUGUUCAUGACAUGAUGAAGAAAAGCUCCCCUUUGGAAAAGAUGUAAAUUGCCAGCUCUGGAUUUGUAAAGUUUAAUGCUUUCAGAUUUGACCUAAACGUUCCAUCCUACUACUGGAUUCGGAUUUCUGCCAUAAGUUGGGCUGUAGAAUUGCUUUCAGUAUGUGUAAUUGGAAUUCGAUUUAGUUUAUUAGUCUCUGUUCAGUCCUUUUCUCUUCGCAUUGGAUUCGAUCUUGCUCUCCUCUCUCUCUUUCUCUCUGCUGUGAAAACUGAAACCACUGCCGCCAAAAUAGAGAAUUUGCAGCAGAUCUUAGUUGGUAGUGUUGGUAAGCUACAUCGGUUCUCUUCCAAUUUUGUUUGUUGGCAUUUGCAACCGCUGUUGGCCAAAUAAAGCUCAGCAAAGUGUUCAGUUAAUUACA